GCUCAAAGGAACAAACCUGCCUUUUUUUAUGACGAACAUUUUAUUAUUAUAAAGCCUUUGUGAAGAUAUCAAAGAAUCCUUAUCGAGCUACUGAUCAUGAUCUUUGACCCAUGUUUGCUUGUGUAAUAUUUAUGUAAUAGGACAUCCCCUGGAGUGAGUUUCAUCCACACGUGGCCACUCUCCUCCAUUUGUUCUAUCUUUUGACCUCUUUAAUCGUUGAACUUUAGACCUUGAACCCCAGGUACAGGCAUUGGUGAUGUUUGUCGGGAGGUUGAGACAGGCGUGCAGCAGAGGGACCAAGACUAGAAGGUGGCCAUUUGUAAGUUGUUGCUGCUAUCUACCUGGAAGGAUGGCAAAAUUGCAUUCUGGGAAAGGAGAUCAUCUGGAUCGGACCAAGGAAAACACCAGACAACAGAUACUGACAGAAGCUGUGGUGGAGAGUAUCUGUGACCUGUCUCCUACAGUGAAAAGUCUCAGUCUCAGGGUUAACAAUGAGGAAUUCAGCUUCAAGGCUGGACAAUGGGUGGAUUUCUUCAUCCCUGAGUUGGAUGGUCAGUUCACGGGGUUCUCCAUGACCUCUGCACCAGGUCAACUGGAGCAUGAUGGGAUACUCGAUCUGGCCGUGAAAUGUAGCGAGGAGGCCCCGGCACAUUGGGUGCACCACAAGUGUCAAGUCGGGUCAAAGGUUAGAAUGAGAGUUGGAGGAGACUUCAACUUUGACCCCCAAGAUGGGGACCAAUCAAAAGACUUACUCCUGAUUGCUGGGGGUGUAGGGAUAAACCCCCUGUACUCUAUAGUGCAACAUGUGGUCGACUUACAUAGAGUGAGUCUUCAGAGAGGUGAAACAGCAUACAAGCCUGGACGGACUGUGCUCCUGUACAGUGCCAGGGAUGAAGGGGAACUGUUGUUUAGGGAACAGAUUCUGAGGCUGUGUCAGGAGGUUCCAGAUAUGUCCCUUCAGUGCUUUGUGACCCAGCAACAGGAAUUCAAAAACCCCAGCCAGUUCCCUAGGCCAAAGGUUGGGAGAAUCACCCAAGAAGUCCUGAAGGCGGAGCUGUCUGGUCUCCAUGGUGACCAGACCUUGUCGUACAUCUGCGGCCCCCCUCCCAUGAUCGAGUCUAUGGCACACCACCUCAGCUGUCUGGGGGUGGACAGCGCUAACAUUAAGUUUGAGAAGUGGUGGUGAAAAGUUAUGGAUUAUGAACGUUAUACUUAUACCAUACCAGGGUCCUACCUGCAUCUGUCUUUUGACAGAAUCUUCUUGCUGAAGAUGGACAAAAAUGAUGGUCAUUCCAUCACUUUGACAGACAACAAUUGGCAUGUCUUAUAUGAAUACAUUGUAUAAGCCAAAUUACACCAAGUGGGCACAGGUUUGCCAGAUGUAAUCUAAGGCAGGGCACAGUCCUGGCUCAUACACUUGUUGUCAUUAUGUACAUGUAUGACACGAUGUGUUUGAUCUUGAAAGAUUGUGCAUUACAAAAUAGUGCUGUAUACGUCAAAUAUAGAAUUUGAGGUUGUGCUAGAUGCUACCAUAGUAGAAAAUCAUGGAAAAAUAUCAAUAAACAUAAUAUUUUGGAGA